GGCGAGGCUCGGCUCUCCUCGCGGUGCAGGACGCGCUCGGACGGCUCCUGCACCCCCACCGCAGGGCUGGGUAGUGUUACGGCCCAGAGAGUCACGCGCCUGGGUCUCGGCCGGGCUGUGGGACCGCGAGUGAGUGUGGUAGCUCUUGGUUCUGCCAGCUCCCCGAGAGCCCGAACCGGGGCUUGAGAGCCUCGCCACCCCGGCUGACGUUCCUGCCGUGGGCUCGGGGGCUCUGUGUGUGAUACCGCCUGUCCGGGACCCGCAGCGACCACCUACCCAGCGCAGUCAGGGGCGGGGCGGGGCCCCGGCUGCCGAGUCCAGGUGUCCCGCAGGCCUCGAAUCGGGAGCAGAAAACGCCAGGUCUUCAAGGAUGUCCGCCACCACCAUGCCUGACCCAUUUGGCAGUAGCCUCAUGUGUGCUGGUCUGGUGUGGACGGUGGAAGUGUGAUUCUGCUGAAUGUCAGUGUGACCGCUCGUGCUCAGCUGUAUCUCAGGGAGGAGGACAGGUGCCAGAGCAGCUCGUGCCAGCUGAGCAGCCAACUGCAGAAACGUCAGGCCUCUCGCAGUCUCCAAGGCACCAUGAAUGCCAUCGUGGCUCUCUGCCACUUCUGUGAGCUCCACGGCCCCCGCACUCUCUUCUGCACGGAGGUCCUGCACGCCCCACUUCCCCAAGGGGCUGGGAAUGAGGACAGUCCUGGCCAGGGCGAGCAGGCGGAAGAAGAGGAAGGUGGCAUUCAGAUGAGCAGUCGGAUGCGUGCACACAGCCCCGCAGAGGGGGCCAGCGUUGACUCCAGCAGCCCAGGGCCCAAAAAGUCGGACAUGUGCGAGGGCUGCCGGUCACUUGCUGCAGGGCACCCGGGGUAUAUCAGCCACGAUAAAGAGACCUCCAUUAAAUACGUCAGCCACCAGCACCCCAGCCACCCCCAGCUCUUCAGCAUUGUCCGCCAGGCCUGUGUCCGGAGCCUGAGCUGUGAGGUCUGCCCUGGCCGCGAAGGCCCCAUCUUCUUCGGAGAUGAGCAGCACGGCUUUGUGUUCAGCCACACCUUCUUCAUCAAGGACAGCCUGGCCAGGGGCUUCCAGCGCUGGUACAGCAUCAUCACCAUCAUGAUGGACCGGAUCUACCUCAUCAACUCCUGGCCCUUCCUGCUGGGGAAGGUCCGGGGAAUCAUUGAUGAGCUCCAGGGCAAGGCACUGAAGGUGUUUGAGGCAGAGCAGUUUGGAUGCCCACAGCGUGCUCAGAGGAUGAACACAGCCUUCACGCCAUUCCUACACCAGAGGAACGGCAAUGCCGCCCGCUCACUGACAUCGCUGACAAGUGAUGACAACUUGUGGGCGUGCCUGCACACCUCAUUUGCCUGGCUCCUGAAGGCGUGUGGCAGCCGGCUGACCGAGAAGCUCCUGGAAGGUGCUCCGACCGAGGACACCUUGGUCCAGAUGGAGAAGCUCGCUGAUUUAGAAGAGGAAUCAGAAAGCUGGGACAACUCUGAGGCUGAAGAGGAAGAGAAAGCCCCUGUGUUGACGGAGGGUGUAGAAGGGCGGGAGUUGACCCAGGGCCCAGCAGAGUCCUCCUCUCUCUCAGGCUGUGGGAGCUGGCAGCCCCGGAAGCUACCAGUCUUCAAGUCCCUCCGGCACAUGAGGCAGGUCCUGGGUGCCCCGUCUUUCCGCAUGCUGGCCUGGCACGUUCUCAUGGGGAACCAGGUGAUCUGGAAAAGCGGAGACGUGGACCUCGUCCAGUCAGCUUUUGAAGUGCUUCGGACUAUGCUGCCCGUGGGCUGUGUCCGCAUCAUCCCGUACAGCAGCCAGUACGAGGAGGCCUAUCGGUGCAACUUCCUGGGGCUCAGCCCGCAUGUGCAGAUCCCCCCACACGUGCUCUCCUCAGAGUUUGCUGUCAUCGUGGAGGUCCAUGCAGCCGCACGUUCCACCCUCCACCCUGUGGGGUGUGAGGAUGACCAAUCUCUCAGCAAGUACGAGUUUGUGGUGACCAGCGGGAGCCCUGUAGCUGCAGACCGAGUCGGCCCCACCAUCCUGAAUAAGAUUGAAGCGGCUCUGACCAACCAAAACCUGUCUGUGGAUGUGGUAGACCAGUGCCUCGUGUGCCUCAAGGAGGAGUGGAUGAACAAAGUGAAGGUGCUUUUUAAGUUCACCAAGGUGGACAGUCGACCCAAAGAGGACACACAGAAGCUGCUGAGCAUCCUGGGUGCGUCUGAGGAGGACAACGUCAAGCUGCUGAAGUUCUGGAUGACUGGCCUGAGCAAGACCUACAAGUCACACCUCAUGUCCACGGUCCGCAGCCCCACGGCUUUGGAGUCUCGGAACUGACCCGCCCCACACACCUGCCCGAAGACGAGGAUGGCUGUCCGCAGACUCCUCUAGCCCCGCGAGAGGAACUGUCCCUUGAGUUUCUGAACUGCUGGGAGGAGCUGUGUCUCAGCAAGGAAGGGAAACCAUCGGGGCUUGGCUCUGCCCUCUGUCAGGUUUGGGGCCUGUGUGCUUCCCACACCCUCCCUCAAGCCGUUGGAAUCGCUGAAGAUGGCAAUGAAAGGCGGAGGGAUGGUGGACUCUGUGUUCAAACCCCUUGGAGAGACGCUUAGGAGGACAGCUUGUCUCUCAGGCCCCUCGUGGACUUAGAUCUCAAAACCCACAGGAGAAACGGGUCCAACUCGGCAUGCAGUCGCAAUAACAUAUCCCCUCCCGAGGUUAACAUUCAAGCGUUUCUAUUUUGAAAUUCAGCAAGAGUUUCUGGGCCUCAUGUUUGAGUGUACAUUUUGCUGCGUUGUGAAUAUUCAAUACAUUGCCAGCUCUUGGUCACUGAGUGAUUGAGUUAGAGCUCCGCAAGAGACUUUGGGGAGUGAACUCGACCUGUUCCUCAUCUUCUGGUCCUCUGAAAUGUGUGUUCUGAAGCCAUGGGGCUCAUCUUCUGGGGUGUUCUCCUGCAGGUACUGGUGAAGGUAACUUGGGGCUUAACAAUGGAGCCCCUGAUCAUUUUUGCUCAACAUAGGUUGCUGAGGGGUCAGAGCAAGCAUCUGACUUGCCCAGUCCCCUGGAUAUGGUGAGGCCUACCAUGCUUUUAUUCUGUAUCGCUUAUGUCUUUAUUGUGGCUUUCAACAUUUACAUUUGGCUACAGAUAACUAUUUUCAGAGGGUGGUGAUUGAAGACAAUUUCAUCAUCCCACUGUACUUUUUUGUUUUUGAGAUGGAGUUUCACUCUUGUUGCCCAGGCUGGAGUGCAAUGGCGCAAUCUUGGCUCACUGCAACCUCCGCCUCCUGGGUUCAAGCAAUUCUGCCUCCGCCUCCAGAGUAGCUGGGAUUACAGGUACCCACCAACACACCCAGCUAAUUUUUAUAUUUUUAGUAGAGACAGGGUUUCACCAUGUUGGCCAGGCUGGUCUCAAACUCCUGACCUCAAGUGAUCCACCCACCUCAGCCUCCCAAAGUGCUGGGAUUACAGGUGUGAGCCCCCGUGCCUGGCCCUUUUUUUUUUUUUUAAGAGAUGGUAUCUUGCUGUAUCAUCCAGGCUGGUCUUAAACUCCUGAGUUCAAGCAGUCCUGCUUUAACCUACAGCUACAGGUACCCCAACUAUACAUUUUUAAUGAGGAUUCAUGGCUCAGAGGGAUUUUCUGGUGGUUUUGCUGAUUUGUUUCUAGUUUUUUGUGUUUAUAUUUAACAUGAAGACCAAGUUUAUAUAAGUAGGUAUCUGUAUAACACAACAACAUUGGAACACAAUAAAGAUGUAUUUUUGUAAA